AAUAUAGUUAAUUUAAAUAGUAUUCAAUAUUCAAUAUUUGGCUAAAAGUGCGAUUCACCCUGCGAUGUGUCCACUCGGAGGCGGGCUCUGAGUUCCGACAGCUUCUAAUAGACAAUAUGACGUGUGUGAUCUGUAGACAGAUCUCCAAAAUAUUAAAAACAGUGGGUAAAUUCUGGAAAAUUCUCACUGCUUGAUGACACCUAAUCAGCAGCAUUCUUGGUGAUGAUCAGAGAGCUGACAGUACAGGACAAUGGGACGUUCCACUGUGGUGUUGAUAUAAAGUUAGGGAGAAACAGUUAUUCUUCAUGGACAAGCUUUUUCCUUGGUCAUGAUACAGUAUAACAUUAUGAGGGAAAUUCAUUUAUGUCUGGACUAGAAAUUUGUUUUAAGAACAGCUUGGAUAUAUGGAAAAUACACCACUGAGAUAACAAACUCUUCAGAAUAAACAAUAUUUGGUAAUAUUACAAUUUAUAGCCUUUAGCAAUACACCCUUUUCAGAAUGACACAUAAUACUGUUUUGUAGAGAUACAAAUAGUGUUACACCCAGCAUUCAAAAACAGACAGUAGAAAGAUUUGCAUGCAGGAAGCUGAUCUCAGAAAUUCUAAAUAUUUUGAUAUCUGAAGGUGUUCGUCCAAAGUUUCACCAGAAACGUCUACAAUUCAGACACAGUGCUGCUCACAGCUUAUUGACUCUGUUGAAUAUGGUGUGGAGCUGAUGCAGUCUGAAACGUUGAUCCUGGAUCCAUGGAUACAGUACAUUGUGGCUGCCACAGAGCAGAGUUGUUAAGAUCUCUGUCAAAAAGUGAGACAUGGAGGAGGAUGCAAGCGCAGAUGGAGCAGUCUUUAGUAAACGCGGUGUCAAACAAUGAAAAACAUCAACAAUAAUCCAAUUAAGAAGCCGAGGUUGGAUGAUCAGAAAACAGAUAUAAACAAGCACAGGCAAAAACAUGGGAGUCAGGGAUCAAAAACAGAGGUUGAAUAAAUGAGAUCUAAACAUCUACCAAGCUGGUAAUUAAACAGGGAUAUGGGAUUAAGUGGAAGUGUUUUCCCAAAGCAGCAACAGAAAUUAGAUUGAUUACACACUGUAACUGACCAGAAGCUCCUUUUGUGUUUGAAAUUUGAAAGCAUUUGUAAAGUGCUUAUGAAGUGCACAAAUAUUUCAGACACACUUCCUGUUCAGCUCUUUCUCACACAGAUAGAAGGGGAAGUGGGUGCAGCAUCACUUUAUGGGUAAGACACAGAUGAAGACACAACACAUUCAUAGAGCAGGACAGAGACAGUAACAGUGUGUAACAGAACAGGAGCUUUAAUAUCUUUUUGAAGCAGAGUUGGUGUAGAGAUCUGUGAGGGUGAACUCAGGAUGAAGAUUCUCCUCAUCUUCACCCUCUGUCUGAUCUCAGAUGGAGGAGCCUCAAAUGAAGUAACAGGAUAUUCAGGAGGAGGAAUCCUUAUCAAGUGCAAGUAUGAUACAGCAUACAGAUAUAGCAAAAAAUAUUUCUGUAAUGGUUCAUGGGCAGUCUGUUCUGACCAAAUAAAGACAGGAGAUAAAAACCAGUGGGUAAAUUCAGGAAGAUUCUCACUGUUUGAUGACACCAAUUCAUCAGAGUUCUGGGUGAUGAUCAGAGAGCUCACUGUACAGGACACUGGGACGUACCACUGUGGAGUUGAUAUAACUUUAGUGGAAGACAUUUACACAUCGGUGGAACUGAAGGUAAAGGAAGGGUCCUUGGUCUCUAGAGAAGUGACUGCAUAUGCAGGGGCAAGAAUUAACAUCAAAUGCAGAUAUGAGGAUGAAUAUAAAGACAAAUCAAAAUCAUUCUGUAAGAUCGGAACACAUCAGUGGUGUUUUAAUCAAAAACAAACAAAACUGAACAGUGAAUGGUCACAUAAUGGCAGAUUCUCAAUUCAUGACAACAGAAGUGCAGGAUUCUUCAGUGUGUUUAUCACAGAGCUUAAUAUAGAGGACACAGGAACAUACGCAUGUGGUGUUGUUCUGUCUGAUAAACUGGCAGUCUACACUGUAGUGACACUUAAUGUAACAGAAGAUCUGUCCUAUGAGAAGUCCAUCAGUGAGACUGUCCAUAUAGGAGGACAUUUAACUGUCAGAUGUAAAUACCCACAAUCCCUCAGGAGUGACCCCAAGUUUCUCUGCAGGAGGACGCAAGAUUUUGCUUGUUUUUAUAAGGACUCUGUUAAAGAUAAUAGAACAAAUGUAACUUUUGGGAAAUUCUCCCUGUAUGAUGACAGAGAAAAACAAAUCUUCAAUGUGAGUAUUAGAAAUAUAACUAAGCAGGACUCUGAAUACUGGUGUGGAGCUGAAAAAGCCUGGACAUCAGAUCAUGGAUACAAGGUUUUUUUUACACAGAUCAACCUGACAGUCACUGAUAAAAACAAAUCCUGGACUACUCCAGCUUCUCCUCCAGCAGGAUUUCCAACUUCCACUGUUAUCACUGUGUCUGUAAUUCUGCUGCUGCUUCUGAUUGGAACCAUAAUCACGGUUGUUUUACAAAAGAAUUGCAGUAUGCAAGCAGCAGCAGUUUCUGUUGGCAAGCAUUGUGACCAAGACUGAGGAAAUGACCAGAGUGUUUUCAAACAGUGUAACUAUGAAGAAAUGAAAUAUGCUGAAAGUCUGAUUCACACAACAGUGAUUUUUUUUACAGCAAUGCCAAUAAAGAUGCAGCUACAAUCAUUAAUGAUGAUGUGUUGUGUGACUAUACUUCAGUCACUUACACUAUUGUAUGUGGAUAGAUUAAUGGAUCAUGAUUAAUGCUCCAAGCAUGUGGCACUGAAUCUCUACUAUUUUGUUCAGAUAUUAUUUCUAUUAUUUCUUCUUCUUCACCAAAACCAAUAUGUGAUGACAUAUUUGUUACAUGUAGAACCAGUAAAUUGUCUUUAAAAGAGAUUACAUUUUAAUUAGGGAUGUCCUGAUCGUUUUUGGUUUUUUUUGCCCUCGAGUCCGAGUCCGAGUCACUUGAUUUUGAGUAUCUGCCGAUACCGGGUCCCGAUCCGAUACUUCUAUAAUACAUUAAAAAAGAAUAAAGAAGAGCGAAUAAACAGAUCCAGGAUGCUCCUUAUUUUUUAUUUAAUUCACCUUAUUUUAACAUUCAACAACAUUUGUUAACAAACAAAGCACUUAAACAAUCAGGUAAUAAAUAACAUAAAUUCUUUACUUUUGGACUUUAGUGCAACAAUAAAUAUAAAAAAGUCUAAUAUAAAAACAAAUAGCACCUCAACUUAAAAUACCCGGCAGACAUGAUACCAGAAGGAAAUCCAGAAGGAAAUGUAUGUUUUUCUUAUUGAAAACUAACAUCUCUACCUUGUCAUGUUUGAGCCUGUUUCUGUUCUCAUUAAGGACGUGAUCUAUUUUUAACCAAUAGCAACAAAGUGAUGUCAAACCGCACGCGCUGUUGUUUCUGUGUGGAGUCAAAGGGUCUAAAUCUGUGCCACCGCAUAACUAUAGAUGUGUUAAAAAUAAUGAGAAUAUUUACAUAUAUAUCCGAGUCCUGAUCGGGAGGUAACAUCCGAUUCCGAUCGAGUCUGAAACCAUGUGAUUGGGCCCGAUUUCCGAUCACGUGAUCGGAUCGGGACAUCCGAGAUUACAGUUACUUUACUUGUGUAUUUUGUUUUUUUUUGGUGGUGAAAAUGUUGGAUUAUCUUUAUUCUUUAAAAAUAUCCAAUCACCUGAUUAGAUUCUGAGCUAAUUUGCAUGAUUGUAUCAUUGCACUGUAUAUUAAUCCUUUUUAAAUUUGCCUGAUUCCUUUAAUCUAUCUAUCUAUCUAUCUAUCUAUCUAUCUAUCUAUCUAUCUAUCUAUCUAUCUAUCUAUCUAUCUGAAACUCUUAACUUGUAUUAUGUUCAUCAAUAAUAAAUUAAGGUUUUGACACUGGAAA